AUGGACACCACUUCACAGCGAGGUGCCAGUACUUCUGUCGGCACGUCGCAGGAAGAGCGGGACCGCAAUGUGUUGCGUCUCGCUCCAGAAAAGAAGGCAUGGAUGCCUCCUAAAUCUGUCAUGGAUCACUUGUCGGCGACGACGAGUGAUCGUUAUCGAACACGAUUGUUCGAUUCGUCAGAGAUUCAUCACCUUGACCCCAGCGCGAAAGACUAUCGCGCUGAACAUGAGUUCUUCAUCGAUGCUUUCUUCAGACAUCGAUGGUACAGUGGGAAUCACAAACGUGAUGGUCCCUCACUACUUCAGGCGUGGAACGCCUACAUCCAUAAUCUCGAGGAUGUAGGUCGUGACGCUUGGAACGACAAACUUAUCAAAGCUCGUGAUAAGUUUGAAAAGCGAACCCCGACAGGUGCACGCUAUAAGCUGCAUCGUCUGUCAAGGGAGAAAGGAUUACCCUGCCUCUCUUGGGGAGACUCGUGCCCAUGUUGUGUGAACAACUCUGCACGAGCACCUAAGGAGGCUUACCUCCUUACCAGCCCGUGGUGGCGCGUACGUGUCUCUACUGAGAUGUACGAAGGGAUUGACAACCUGAAAUCCCUUUACGACCGUGCCGGGAAGACUUUCUCCGGCGGUCCUUCUGCGGCACAGGAUGUGUCGCGUCGUACUGCUCGACCAGACCCAGUACGUCAACCAUCAAUUGGGAGCGGGGCUCCCAAGAAUCCCAGGACGGGGGAUAGCCGCGCCACCGGACGAGGUAACUCGUCCGACGUCCGUUCACGUCGCGGUGGUUCAACAGCUGCUCUACUAGAUAGCGCUGGCCACCGCGAGAGUCCUCUAAUGGAGGUGGAGGAGGAGGAAAGACGCUCUCCACACGAUCAUGUGGAUCGGUGUGUUCCCGAGAGCUUCUUUGAUCGCGUAACGCAAGGGUUACGCGACGAUCUCGAGCAUGAGCGGAAUAGGCGUCUCCAGAUGGUGGACACUGCCUCGAAGCAUCGAGCUGAGUUUGCCUUUGCUCAGCUUGAGAACGAGAGAUCUCUGACAUCUCUUCGUGACGAGCUAAGGGUAGCUCGUGGGAUUGUUGAUCGGUCUCGGGCUGAGAUAACUGCUCUUCAGACCCUUGUUGAUGCCCACCAUCGGGAGCACAAGGCUCUCUGCGAGAUGCUUGAGCGCAAGGGCGUUCUUCAUCGGAAGAAGCAGCGUACUGAUGGUACGGCUUAA